CAUCGGAAAAGGUUAAUGUGUUAACUUGGAAAAUGUGAAAACCAUCGGGAGAUAGUGACGGUUUAGUCCAAAUGUUUCGCUACGUUACGCGCGCAAUACAAAUCAUAGCGAAUAGUGAAAUGUGAGAUGAAAGUUUUACGAUCCACGUGCUCCCAAUCAGAUUACGGAAUGUGAUCGGUGUAACCGAAACAUCCCCAUAAUUGCCUCAGCUGGGAAAGGUUAAAUUCCGUGUGGAUUAUGUGAUCUCCAAUGUGUUUUGCAUUAUUGGAUAGUGAUAGCUUUCAAUAUCACUUUCCGCAAAUAUUUGUUUGGUGAGAAAUGUUUGGUUCCGAAAACCGAAUUUUCGUAGUGUUUCGACUCUUAUCUUAGAAACACAAUUCUUAAGUGUAAAAAAACCUCUUAAACAAAAAAAAUGAGUGAAUUUUUGUGGUACGAUUAGAAUGGACUGUGUUGUCUCACCUUCCAUACUCGUAAAACCGAUUUAGUGAAAGGGAUAAUGAAAUUAGGUGACCAAACAGGAUCGUGCGCAUGAAUUUCUGGCCUUGUCAUAGAGACCAACUAUCCAAAGACACUACGAAGUAGCAACAAGCAAAGAAGUGAAAAUACAAGCGCAAAUAUGCAGUAAUACAAUUUGAUUCGCAAAGAAAAUCUACUCUUAACAUACUGAAGUCCAGCAACAUGCUGGAGGGAAGGAUUAACAUGACGGAGAUAGAUCAAAUGGUGACAGAUGAAACGGAACGCUCCAGUAUCAGCAAUGGCUUAGUUCGAACCAACGACACUACAAGUCAUAAGAUGCUUUAUUGUGGACAAGGACUGGAUGAUUUUCAUACAAGCUAUUCAGAAAUUCAUGGAAUCCUGUGCUUACUGGUUUGUAUAUUCGGGAGUAUUGCAAAUACUUUAAAUGUUAUCGUACUUACGAGACGAGAGAUGCGUUCACCGACCAACUUUAUUCUCACCGGUUUGGCAUUAGCGGAUUUGUUGGUAAUGUUGGAUUAUAUUCCAUAUGCUAUCUACAUGAGUCCAUAUACACGAUUUUCUCGCGAGGAACGCCUGACUUACAGCUGGAGUUGGUACGUCAUGUUCCAUUCAAUAUUUGCACAAAUUUGUCACACCAUCUCUAUCUGGCUGACAGUGACGUUAGCCGUAUGGCGCUACAUAGCGGUAGCAUAUCCGCAGAAAAACCGCAUCUGGUGUGGAACAACAAACACGUUAAUCGCUAUCGCCAGCUCCUACGUAAUAUGUCCGCUGCUAGGCAUACCACUGUAUUUAUCAUUCAGCAUAAAACCACAUGUUGAGCAACUUGGCAGCGACGGUAAUCCCUUCAAGGUGAUCAAUAAUGGAACCGCACGGAACAUAACUCUCUACAGAACGCUUCCUUCCGAGUUGGCCGAACACAAUCCCUCCCUGCUAAACGUCAAUUUUUGGAUAUACAGUGUGGUCAUAAAAUUGAUCCCUUGUAUUGUUUUGACAGUGCUGAGCCUGAGGCUGAUUGCUGCAUUGUUGGAAGCAAAACAUCGCAGAAAACAAUUAAUGGGUGGCAGUUCGAACAUUACGAAGCCCGUAGGUGAUGGGGAAAAUGUUGGCUUGCAACGGAAAAAGUCAACUAAGAAUAUGGACAAGGAAAAACAAACGGAUCGCACCACCAAGAUGCUGCUUGCAGUACUUCUCCUUUUUCUAAUAACGGAAUUCCCACAAGGUAUUCUGGGAUUGCUGAGCGCAAUCCUUGAGAAGCACUUUUUCUACAAUUGCUAUUUAAAAUUAGUUUCUCGACAGUUGGCUACCAGCAACGCAGAACAGGGAAGAGAUAGCAAUGGGUCGCCGCAAUCAGGAUGGCGUGACGACGCAAAUCACCCAAGUCUAGCAUCCAGGGAGACGUCUCAAUUGCCGCUCACUAAAGUGCACAGAAACAAGGGUUCGAUUUUGCGCCCGAAUUGCUUGCUGUUUGCCAAGUCCGUCAGCGACGGAAACGGAUUGCGCGGCAUUAUAGUGACGUCUCCUAGCAGUUUAUUGUGGCUUCAAGAUAUGUUAGUCACAUGUUUUAUAUAACCUCUCAAAACGCUUUUUGAGCAGUAACGAGACAUCGAAUUACGAGUACCAUGUUCGGGAUGCAUGCCGAAACAAACUGUGGGGAUUUUGAACAGCUACAAUGUCAUGAAUAAAUGUAGGUCAACGUAGGUACCUACUAAUUUAUUUCGUUGUCCUUGGUGUAUUAAUUAACAUAAAAUGUUGAUUAGGUAGAAAGGUUCAGAAUUAAUUAUAUAAGAAAAUGACUUUGUUCUUCUAUCGUAUGUUGAUGACGUCUAUACACAUGCAGCAGAUCAAAUUCAGUGCGUUUAUUCCAUCCUUGAGGAGAACUUCCGAAAAACUUUGAAUACAAAUUUGCAUACAAAUAUUCCAGUUAUUUUUGCGAAUUGAUAAUAUUAGGUUUUUCAUUAAUCAAAAUACGUAACAUACGUUCAAAUGAGAUGCCCGUGUCGAUGACAAGAAACUAACCAAGGUGAAUAAACUGAAGAAUGAAUUCAUUUUGCUUUUUGCGGAUCAAAAUUGAUCCUAAUUUUCGCCACACGAGCUCUUUAACUGCCCCAGAUAGUCAUCGCAUAUAUAUUUAUAUCCUAUCACUACUUUUAUUAUAUUUUUUAUUAUUAUAUUUAAUUUUUUUAUAUUUUAUAUUAUUGAAUGAAUCUCAAAAAAAAGGGAGGAAAACGUAUAUAACACAACGUUGGGAAAAUAUAUAUCCACGUGAAUAUACUUGAAAGUCGAAGUUGACUUUUACACUAUAUUUAAUUAAUAUCAAU